AUGUCCAUUCCUAGUCGCUCACUGGGACGUGACGUCCACAUCUACAAUGCAAGCGACCCCACCGGCCCGGUUCUCGGAGGUCUGAUCCUCACAAACGGUGUGACGAAUGCAAACUUCUAUUCGAUGGUGGAAGUCUUCCUGUUUUUCGACAGCAACUACGUCUUGCGACAUGAGGAUGGUACGGAUGUUCAGAGGGAUGAGCAGGCGCUGCGGCCUGGCAAUUUCUACAUUGUCACGGAUGGUUCUAUCACUGUCAAUGACGAGUCUUGGCUAGUUCGUACGAUGUCGGUGUCUAGUGGGACCCGUGUCGCAGGGUUUCGUGAUGCUGUCCGUGACCGAGACCGGCGAUGCGUUAUAACGGGACGACCAGCGCUCAGUGCUCAGUAUGGUAUCUGGAGGGGCUUCGAGGCUGCGCACAUCUUUCCUUUGGCAUACGAAGGGCACUGGAUGGAGCGUAACUAUGGUGGCUGGAUCACCAUUGAGCCAAGUACUGGAGGAUCUAUCAACUCUGUGCAAAAUGGGAUGUUACUUGCAUCGGAUAUACACCAACUUUUUGACGGCUAUGAUGUGUCGAUCAACCCAGACGAUAAUUACAAGAUCGUCUGCUUUCAACUCGAUAGCCAUGGUAUCGCCGGCAGGCAUAUCGAUCAGCAAUUCCUUGACGAUCCUCGUAGGCCCGUCGACCAGCUGUUGCGCUGGCAUUUCCGGCAGGCUGUCUUGGCGAAUAUGAGGGGAGCUGGCGAGCCUGUCUUUGAGUUUGAUUUCCCGCCCGGUUCGGACAUGAUGGGAGAGAUUAUGGAGGGCCCGAAGGCAGCGGAAAGGAUGGAGUUUGAGCUGUUCAGUCGUCUGGCGGGAGUCACGUGA